AUGCUGAAGCCCCUGGCCUGGUCAUUCCUAGUCUUCUCGAGGCUAGCCCUUGGUCAUGGCGGCCAUGACCACAGCGGCCCUGCACAGGGAGAAACGAUUCAACAGUACGCUCAAAGACACAUGUCGAAAGAACAUCAUAUCGAUACUUUCGACAUCCGGAGUUUCUUCCACCUCCACGACCUGAACCGUGACGGGUUCUGGGACAGGGAAGAGAUUGAAGCCGUCUACGGUGUCCACCACGUCUACUCUCAGAGAAAGACACCAGACGAGAUCGAGCACCAGAAGAAAGCCGACCAUAUCGUCAACACCGUUUUGGGCAUCUUGGACUUGAACAAGGACGGGAAAGUGUCCCCCAAGGAGCUCGAGAAGGUUGGCCUCGAUGGGUUGCCCAAUUUCGAGCACAUGGGUGCGGAGGGUCACCAUUACGAUGAGGAGAGUGAAUUCUUCUUGCACCACGAAGAGGAAUUCCACUCAACUCCCGAGACCCAAACGGACGAGGCCUACAACCACCCCGAAGACUUGGAACAUUUCGCUCACCACGAGAAGAUUGAAAAGGCCGAACUAGAGCGUGAAGCCAAGUUCCAGGGUGUUACUGUCGAGGAGCUUGUCAAAGCCCAACUCGCUGCUGAGGAGGCAGCAGAGAGGGCCAAGACCGCAGUGCCAGAGAACGCCGAAGCUACUCCCGCCGCUGGCGACCCAGCUCAACCACCGCAGCCGCCAAGGCCGCAAUUCACCCGUGUUCCUCCCCCCGAGAAGCAGGACCCUGCUAUCAAGUACAAGAGUGCUAAGGAGGAGGGUGCCCGAGGAUCGCAGUGGGGAGAAGGUCCAGAGGGAUACAAGGCACCGGUGAAGCCCGCCGAGAAGAUGAGGAAAAACCUGCCCUACAAGUACAAAUUCCGCAGGAACUGGGGUGAUUUCUGA